GAAUGCAGUGGAAUGGGCAGGAGAUUUGGAGUGGAGUAGGGGCGACCGAGCUUUUCUUAUGUCCAUCACCAUGUCGCCCGAAUUCGGCUUUUAUUUUGCCACUCUCUUUCUCUCUCUCUCUCUCUCUCCCUCUGUGCUAGCGUAGCUCGUUGCCCGAUCUGAUGAGACUCUGAUCCUCACAGCGACGUUGACCACCCCUCGCUGCGCUCGCACCUCCGGCCGGGCGCCCCGCAUGGACCCCACAAGAGUGGCGCACCGAGUUGGCAUGGUUAAAGCACUCGCUCGCGGUUCCAUUCUCUCUUGAAUCACCCUUCUGUGUUGCGUUCGAUGUGCGCGCACCGCUGCCGAGUUCCGGCCCUUUAAGGAUUUGUCUGCCUCGCUAAGAGAAGAUUUGCUCGAAAUUCUGAGGAGUGCCAACUCCUCGACCGCCUGCUGCUGCUCCUCUUCCUCGUCGUCGUCGUCCAUGUCCAUUCCCAGUUUGCGGCGUGCGCUCUAACUCCCCGCCCGUCCGCCCCCACGCCCCGCCCCGCCCGAGUCCAGGGCGCAGCACCUCGACAGCGCCAUGACAGCCUGCGUUGCAAUUUCUCCUGACGCGAGAAUGGAUAGUAGCGGCUCGUGCGAUAAUCUGCACGGAUGUAUGUCGGACGAUUUGGAGCCUGCCUUCCGGCCCUCGUCCGUCGGGCUCUUGAAGGUGGAUGUCAUCAGCGCCUACAUGACGGCCGCUGCCGAGAUCGCCGAGCGCGAGGAGCGAGCCUCUGCUGCUGCCAGCACGCGCGCCCCGGAUUCCGCAGAAGUCCGAGCUCCUCGUCACAAAUCAGACGAAACUUCUUCACGGACCCUGGCCACCCAGGCCCAACCAGAAGCACCUCUUACACCGACGACGACAGCAGAACCAGCAGCAGCAGCAGCAGCAAUUGCUCCUCGGGAUUUGGAGACCCAUCCUGCCACCGAGAAGCCUGAGGAAUUGUGCCAGACACCGGAGGAGAACGCGUCAGAUGCCAUCCCUGCACCAUCGCCUUCGGUCCACGAAGAAGAGAAGGCUGAGGAGCACGAGGAGAAGUCGAGCAGCACAGCCGACUUGUCUCUGGUCGCUCAUGCCGCUCCGGCAUUCGAGUCCAGCCUCGAGAAGCUCGUAGGUGGGGAUUCUGUGCAAGAUGCAUCCACCAUCGCCUGCGAUGUGGGCAUUACUGCCAAGGACGAAGUUGCCGAGCUCGCUGAGGCCGACGAUGCUGGUGCGGACGCAGAUGCUGUGAAGAAUGUGAAGGCGGCUGGCGGUGAAAUGAACGAUGGCGCUGUCCCGAGCGCCGUCAUGACUGAGGAAAAUAUUGAUCGGAAUGACACUGCCCGCAGCGACGAGAACCCGGAUCUCGAAUCGCAUGCAUAUUCCGACUCUACUACGACCGCCGCAGGAGGAGCAGCAGCAGCAGCAGCAGCGACCAAUCCCGAGAUCGAGUCGUUAGGCCCUACCGAAGAGUCGUCGACGGUGGCGGAAUCCAUCAUUUCGGUUCCUGCAGAGGAUGAAGAUGCUGCGAAGGAUGCCACGAAGCCAACACAAUCCGUCGCCAAUCUAGCGAAAUCUCAUCCCUUCGAGUUCACCGGACUGAACCAUGUCGCCCUCUGCUGCGAGAGCUUGGAGCGGUCCCUCGAAUUCUACUGCGGCCUGCUCGGGCUCAAAACCAAUCUCGAUCGACCAGAUCUGCCGUACCGAGGCGCGUGGCUGUUGCUGGGGGCAGAGGGUAUUCAUAUCAUGGAGGUUCCCAACCCGGACCCUGUUAAGGGCCGCCCUCCCCAUGGAGGAUACGAUCGACACGCCUGCCUCAACGUAAAAAAUGUGGACCACCUGAGGAUGACAUUCGACCAAGCUGGGAUCAAUUAUCAGCUGAGUAUGGUGCCAUCUAUUUUCUGCCGAGACCCUGACGGCAAUGGUUUAGAAUUCAUUGAAGUGAACAGCGUCCACGUGGACUGAAGGAGGGGAGCAAAAGAUAUCGCCGCAUUUGUCGAAGUGAGCGAGCCGGUGGCAGGACGAGGUAGUUUGAGGAGUAAACCUGUCGUUCCCAGUUAGAUUCAUCCUACCAGCUGGAGGCGGACUUCUGAUCAGUUGCAGGACGCUCUGUACAUACAUGUAGACUUAUCCCAGGUGACAGGGAGUUCCAAUCAUAUCCACAUUCAUUCGAACCCCUCAUUCUCCUUCACUGGAGAUAAGUAUAGCACAAGUCUAUCUGGUUGAGAUUCUCUCGGGAACCCGAGCUUCCAGUGGACUUGGAAUGACGAAAUAGUCCCUAUAGAACACACCCACCAUUACGAGACCUUACCAAGUGUAGCAAGCAAGCGGCAGUACUGACUAGCAUCAACUCAUCGUCACUCACUCAAAGCACGUAACACCUUACUGUGAUGUACUGGCUACACUCUCUCGAGAGCAUGUGUAUACACUCAUGUGGGCUAUUGAGAGAUCCGUCGCCUUAGUACCCUGACCCAGCUGUCACUGGCCAUCUGCAAGGCUUCCCCCUCGACGUAUCUAGUAAAGACCUUAUCGGGCUAGCUUAGCUAGAUCAGCACUUAUCUAAAUGUGCUGCGAACGCGCACUCUACGCUAGGACUUUACUACGUUAUCCUUCGGUGGCACUAAGCGCCCCCACGGUGAAGUGAAGCAGAUGCUCAGUCACGCCUCCCCAUAGUAGUAGGCACCGCCCCCUCGUACAAUUAUGUAAAGGACAUAUUCGAGGCCGUUUCGUCCAACUCCCUUGCCGUUUAAAAAAGGAAGAAAACUCCAUAUA